AUGCCGCCUCAGAAGACUCCGCUGUCCGUAGAAUCGCUACUCGAACAGCAGCGCAAGGAGAAGGAGGAACAGUCGCGCCCCAAGUUUCUCUCGAAGCAGGAACGACAAGCCCUCGCCCUCGCAAAGCGGGCGGCUGAGGUCGAGGCGGCAAAGGAUCGCGAACUUGAGGCGCAGAAGCGGCGCGAUGAGCUCGAGAAGAAGGCCCGCGAGGAGGCGAGGGACCUCUACUAUCAACAACAGUCGUCGUACGGUCAGCAGAAUGGAGCUGGGCCCAGCGGCGGGCGGAGUGACGGACAGCAGUUUGUCGGGUACGGAGGGCAGCAGCAAGGAGGGCUGAACUACGGAUCCGCGCAGGGAGACCAGUACUACGGUGGUGGACGAGGAGGUUACGGACCCGGCGGGCGAGGGAGAGGACGCGGACGAGGAGGACUGGGAUACCACGGCGGACCUCCCCCUCCUUCGGGACCUCGAGGAGGCGACGGUUACCAGGGCGUUCCGUCUGGUCCCUCGGGACGAGGAGCUCAAGGUCGAGGAGGAGCGCGAGGAGGCGGACCUGGACGCGGCGACGAUCGAUGGGCUGGACAGCGAGGACCCGGUCCUGCUCUUGUCGACAGGGAUACGGACGUGCGUGGCGGCAGGGUGCCGAAUGCCCAACCAGCGACUGGCGGAGCGAUGGACAUCGACGGCACUGCUGGCGGAAAGGACCUCGUCGCAGAACCGAUGAAGGUCGACUCGUCGACUCCGCCUCGGAACGCCACCGAAAUGCCGCCGCCUCCUCCACCUACCACCGGCGACGCUCCUCCUGCACCUCCUUCCGAUGCGCCACUUCCCCCUCCUCCUGCCAAAGAACCGUCUCCCACGUCGAACGGCAAACUCACCCUCGCCGAACUCGCCGAGCUAAACGCGCUGCAGAGGGCGUCAUCAUCUAGCGUCCCUGUUUUGAACGCCCAGCUCAACGCCGCUCGCUACCUCGGCGCGAAAGCGCCGGACAAGCGUGUCAAGCGCAACAAGAAGGGUCCGAACGGCGGACCUGGACGAGUCGACUUUGACUGGGACAGGAACGACGACACCUUGGCGGACGAGGUCGACCCGAUCUAUGCGCCUACUGCUGCGCCUGUCGUGCCAGGAGGCCCGGCGGCGAGCAACACGCCUACUGGACAGUCGAUGCGCGUGACGCUCUUCGGUCGAGGACGGCUCGCCGGCUUUGAUGCGGAUGUCGAAAAUAUAGGCGGGAAGAAGACGAAGGCUGCGCUGGACGAGCGGCAUUGGUCAGAGAAGAGCCUCGAAGAGAUGCGUGACAGGGACUGGAGGAUCUUCAGGGAGGACUUCAGCAUCGGCGCUCGUGGCGGCCACAUUCCUCUGCCUCUGCGGUCUUGGAAGGAGUCGAAGAUUCCGCAGCCGAUUCUCGAGGCCAUCGAGGAGAUUGGCUACAAGGAGCCGUCGCCUAUCCAGCGACAGGCUAUCCCUAUCGGCCUUCAAAACCGCGACAUGAUCGGAAUCGCCGAAACAGGUUCCGGCAAAACCGCCGCCUUCACCAUCCCCAUGCUCGCCUACAUCGCCCGCCUGCCGCCUCUCUCGGAUGAGAACCGCUCGAAGGGCCCCUACGCACUCGUCCUCGCGCCGACUCGCGAGUUGGCGCAGCAGAUCGAAGCCGAGACGAACAAGUUCUGUCGUGUGCUUGGCUAUCGCUGUGUCUCGAUCGUCGGUGGAAAGGCCAUCGAGGAGCAGCAGUUCAACAUGCGCGACGGCGCCGAGAUCGUCAUCGCCACGCCCGGUCGUCUCAAGGACUGCAUCGAGCGCAGCGUCCUGGUACUAGCGCAGUGUACUUACGUCGUCAUGGACGAGGCCGACAGGAUGGUCUCGCUCGGAUUUGAGGACGUCCUCAAUUUCAUCCUCGACUCGCUGCCGGUCAGCAACCUCAAGCCCGACUCGGUUGAGGCGGAGGAUGCGAACAAGAUGACGAUGUCGCUCGCCGCACCAGUCGGCGAGGAGAACGAGGUCGCGCCCAGCCUGGCGCUGUACCGACAGACGGUCAUGUUCUCGGCAACGAUGCCUCCCGCUGUCGAGCGGCUCACGAAGAAGUACCUCCGACGACCGGCUGUAGUCACGAUUGGUGUUGCUGGCCAAGCCGUCGACACGGUCGACCAGCGCGUCGAGAUGAUCAAUAGCGAGGAGAAGAAGAAGUCUCGCUUGAUCGACAUUCUCAACAACGGCGGUUUCCAACCUCCGAUGAUCGUCUUCGUCAACCAGAAGAAAGGCGCAGACGUGCUGCAGAAGGACUUGCAGCGCGCUGGCUGGAAUUCGGUCACGCUUCACUCCGGAAAGAACCAGGAGCAGCGAGAAGCAGCGCUCAACUCGAUCCGCAAUGGCGAGAACGACGUCCUCGUCGCGACCGAUCUCGCAGGUCGUGGUAUCGAUGUGCCGGACGUCUCGCUCGUCGUCAACUUCCAGAUGUCGAACACGAUCGAGGCGUACAUUCACAGGAUCGGUCGUACCGGUCGUGCGGGCAAGACGGGUACCGCCAUCACCUUCCUUUCCGACGCCGACGAGGAGCUCUUCUACGACCUCAAGCAAGAGAUCAGCAAGUCGCCGGUCUCGAAGCUCUCGCCCGAUCUCGCUCGUCAUCCCGCCGCGCAGUCAAAGGUCUCGUCCGCGAUGAAGCGGCGUGCUGCAGAACUCGACGACUAG